UAUAUUACAAGAACCGUUUCACAAGUGAAAUUCAGAACAUCUUUGGUACCGUUAUCUUCUUUCAAUUCCUCUCAAAUUGCAUGAUCAUUUGUUUGAUUGCCUUCAAUGUAUCGCAGAUGAAUGUUUAUAUUCCGGCGGUGCUGAUUGGCAUGCUGACAUACAUGUGUUGCAUGACGUACCAAAUAUUCAUCUUCUGCUGGCAUGGUAAUGAAUUGCAUCUACAUAGUAUGCGUUUAGUCACGGCCGCAUACUCGAGCAAUUGGUUCUCCAACACCGAAAAAUUCAAACGCGGUCUACAAAUUAUGAUGAUAAGAGCUCAUCGUCCGCUCACUUUAAGUGCCGGUAGGGUCAUGUUAUUGUCUUUAGAUACUUUUAUGCAGAUAAUGCGGAUGUCCUAUUCGAUUUUUACGGUACUUCAAGGAUCGGCAGCUUAAAAAUCAUGCUUCUACCAUCACAGCGAUACCUUGACCGCCGCCAAUACAAGCAGAACCGAUGCCGA